AUGCCUGAACAAUUGGUAAAAGUCCACACCACUGGCGAACUAAAACAUGGUCGCUCUUAUCCGCACGGCCCCAGGGAAAUGGCCAAAGGCAACAUGGAGAAGGUCACAGAGAAGGAAAAACCCGACUUACUUGAUGUACUUCUCCAUCAACACGAUGAAUAUAGAGAUAUCUCACUUGCAGGGAUAAAAACUCCGCCAGAAACACUCAAAAAUUAUGGACAGAGAAUUGGUUUCGAUACCGUCAAUAUAGGGUACGAUGAUGACGAUGAGUAUCUGUUCGACGAUGACGACGAUGAUGCACCCUACAACUGGAAGCGGGAUUUUAGAGGUAGAUCUCGUGGGAGAUCACCAUCUCCUGCCCACAUUUCGCCCUUACAUUCACCAGUCACGAAUAUGAACGGGUUAUCGACCAGAGAAAUGGGAGAGCUUGCCAGAAUGCUUUCGCCAAGAAGAGCAGAAUACCCUACUACGCCAAUUGUCACACACAAAGGUUGCACAUUCACCAAAUUCCAUGACGAUUUCGAUUCAUUAUACAAAGGGAAGCUACGUAAUGCUGAAAACAAAAUUAUCAAGCCUGUAAUGCCACACAGAGUCAUACUAGUCUAUAUAAGUGGUAGGAAACAUACGUGGGUUGCCUUAGACUGGGUUUUGAACAAAUUCAUUGAAAAUGGUGACACCGUUAUAGUAGUAGCAGCAAUUAAAACUGGUUUUGACGGUGUUAGAAGAAGAAUGUCAUUCGAUCCGUCGAAGGUGGCGGUGGUGACUCCCAAGAUGAGAUUGAAGAUGAGACACAGGCCGGAAAACGUCAAGGUUAUUGCCAGAAACAUUAUGGACUACAUGCUCAGAAUAUUGAAGCCGGGGGUAAUUGCCAAGUUAUCAGUGGAAUUAACUGUCGGUAACACGAAGGAAAUUAUGAAGGAAAUGUAUAAGUUGUAUGAACCUAACUUGGUUUCCACGGGAACAAAACCUAAUGUGAGGACAGGGGCGCCUUUAAAGUCUUGGAAUUCCUCGAAGUUGACGGAUAGAUUGGUCAAAAAUUUCCCACUACCGGUGAUUGUCGUACCUGCGGUUAAUAUGCCAAAAUUUGAGUUGAGCUUGGAGGGCAAGAGCAAGAAUGAAGCUAAUAGAAUCAUCCAAGAAGGUGACACGGAGGAUCAGCUGGAAAUUCAUAGCGGCUCUGACACAGAUUCUAUCGAUUCUAUGGAUUCCGAUGAUUCUUAUUCAUCUUUUGAUGAAAUAACCAAACUUUAUACAGACUACAAACGAGAUCUUAAGGACUCAUUGGCGUCUUUAAGGCAAAAUCAGAUUGACGAAAACUACUUCUCUCAAUUUUUGACUACUAUUUCAGACAAAUCUAUCGCCUUUUGUAAAGAUGUGGGCAGCGUAGAUCCAGAUUUCAAGGGUAGAGGUGCCAAAUUAGCUAGAGCCAUAACAGGGUCAAACUCGUUUGGAAGUGUGCCAUACAAGACCAAAUCUCUUUUAGCUCCAGUUGAGAAGAAGCCCACAUCACCAGCAGGAAGCACGAGUGGCCUUUCAUACAAGGAAAUGAAAAGAUUGGCCACGCAAAAGAGCCCAUUAACAGUUUCUACCACAAAUAUAAACAGCGUGCCUCCUAGUAUCACAAUUGAUGGGCCAUCUCCUACGGUACCUCCCAAACAAAGCUCUAUAAAGUUCGGGAACUUGGAGUCACCACCAAGAAGGGAAUCACCUGUCAGUGGCAGAUCGAUGGCAACUUCUACUUUAUUACAGAAGUCCUUGUCGCAUGAUAUCGAUGCCGGCUCGAAAAGACCAGAGUUGGUGCCAAGCAAGUCUCAACCUGACAUCACCAGUGGAUUCCGGGGCAGCAACAACUCAAGUAUGGAAGAUUUAAGGAAGGGGAAAAAGAAGAAGAAGUUUUGGAAAUUGUUCUAA